AUCAUAACGAAGAACCAUUUGAGCUGCUUUGCUGAACGUGGCCAUUUCAUUUAAUGCGCAUGCGCGGGCGUUUUUGCGCGCUCGAAAAACCGAUUUGUUUUGCAAGCUUACAGCUGUUCGUACACGUUCGUACACGUUUACGGUUUGGUAGGAUCCACGGGAUCGACAAUAAACAGAAAUUGUGUGUUUGAACUAGAUAACGCAUUUGCCGCAGCCGAUUAUUUUCACAUCUCCGAAUUUCCUUGGAUUAUCGAAAGUAGCACGAUGGAAUUGUUCAAAACGGUAAUUACUGCUACAGUCAAGGACAGAAAACCUUUGCACGUACUGCAGCCAGCAGCUACCGACAAAGAAACUUUGGUUGGUGCUGAUAGGAUUUUUAAACCUAUCAUAUCAAAAGAAGCAAGAGCGAAACAGAAUGUAACAGAAAUCAUAAAAAAAGAUGCUCCUAAAAAAGUGACUAAGAAGAACAAAGCUAUCCAGACUGUGCGAGAGAAGAUAGAAAUUGAAGCGGAAGAUUUAACGUCAGACAAUCCUGGUGAAAACUAUUGGCAAAUCCUGGCUGAAAGAAGACAAAUGGCACUUGUGGGCACUUUAGAGGAAAAUAAAAAACUUGUGCAGGAUAUUGAAAGAUUAGAAGAGGAAAAUCGUGUUUACAAAGAAAUGUUGGACGAGACAAAAUUACUUGUUGAAGUACUACAGGAGCAAAUUGAAGAUGAUGGGAACAAUGUGAACAACUCGUUAGAUGACAGUACUCUUUAAUUUAAGAGUUGAACUUCUUAAUCAAACCUAAGAGAAAAACUAUAUGAUUACUCUGAUAAUUUAUAAGAAAAUAUUUAUCUUGUAUUAUAAACAAAAUAUUUAUUUGCGUAUUCACACAUUCAACAUUUUAAAGAGUAAUGUAAGCAAACAAAUGACAUUUAUGAUAACAUUUUUUGUUAGCAUAAUUAUUUAACAGUUAUAUUAAUAUCACAAAUUGUUGGCCAUUAAAGUUAGAGAUACACACACAAGUAAUAUACAAAUACAUGGUUUGAGAUUAUCAAUUUUUUAACAUGACAUAAGGACAACGGAAAUUCGAGAUCUUCUGUUUUCUUAAUUAUCUGACACAAUGAAGAGUAGUCGUGCCCGUUACGACAAAAUAUAUUACGAGUGUCAAGUGAAGUUAAACCAAUGUAAUAACGUAAUAAUGCGUAUAAUUGUCAACAAUUAUUUAACGACAAACAUCUAGAAUUAAGAAAUUUCUGUACACUUUGUAUGUAUAAUAAAUUUUUAUUUUAUGAUAA